CCCGUCCUUACCCUGGACCCAGGAUGAACCUGGAGCGGGUGUCCAAUGAGGAGAAGCUGAACCUCUGCCGGAAAUACUACCUAGGCGGGUUUGCGCUCCUGCCCUUUCUCUGGUUGGUCAACGUUCUGUGGUUCUUUCGGGAGGCCUUCCUGGCCCCAGCCUACGAGGAGCAGGGACAGAUCAAGGGCUACGUCUGGCGGUCAGCCCUAGGGCUGCUCUUUUGGCUCGUGGCACUGACCUCCUGGAUCACCAUCUUCCAGAUCAAUCGAGCCCGCUGGGGAGCCCUGGGCGACUAUCUCUCCUUCACCAUCCCUCUGGGGAUACCCUGAUCAGUCCUCCCCUCCCCUGCCAGCUCAUGGCCAGGCCACCUUCUCACCCUGCCUUGCCUCCGGCACUGGGCCAGUAUGGCUUCCAAAGGUGAAGAUCUAACAUCCUUCAGGUCCCCACAGCCUUUUGUUUAGCCAGGUGGCUCCCAGAACAUCUAUCCCUGACUAAUUUACUACUUCUUUUCCCUGUAGCCUCCACUGAGACUCCCAAAUAAAAAAAGCAAAGGAUAUUUCAUG